AUGGACUAUAAGGUGAAAGUGGGUGGGAUGACCAAGAUCUACAACGCCAAUCUGUUGAAGAGGUACUUCGAAAGGGAAGAGGACCUAAUGGGUGCAUUUAGUGAGGCACAGGUGGACAUGGCAGGUGUGGCUGUCAUAGAUGCAGAACCAGGAGACAGUGACUUUGUUAUAGAAGAUGAAAAGCUACUAGACUUAAGACCACUGAGUGGAGAUGAGACAUACAAGGACAUUCUCUUUUUUCUCUUCCGUGUUGACAUUCUUCCAUUUUCAUCUCUCUUCCAACUAUGUGGGUGCUGUAAUUCGACCAAGGCCGCUUCCCACGAACGAGUUGUUCCACACAAGGAUAAGAAAGGUAUAUCUUCUAUCGACGUAUUUUCUAAGUAUACACGAGUUGUUCCACUCAAGGAUAAGAAAGGUGUAUCUUCUAUCGACGUAUUUUCUAAGUAUGCACGAGUUGUUCCACACAAGGAUAAGAAAGGUGUAUCUUCUAUCGACGUAUUUUCUAAGUAUGCACGAUUUGUUCCACUCAAGGAUAAGAAAGGUGUAUCUUUCAAACGGAUCUUUAAACUUCAAACCGAUUCUGGAACAGAGUUUACUAAUCGUAUCUUACAAAGAUAUCUCAAGGAACCAGAUGUUCACUUCUUUAUUACACAUAACGAAACAAAAACAUCUAUAGUAGAAAGAUUUAAUCACACUCUUAAAACUAGAAUGUGGCGCUACUUUACUCAUCGUGGAGUACAUCACUGUAUUGAAGCAUUUGUUCAGUGCCAUAAUCAAUUAAUUGGAAGAAAGCUGACGUUCUACAUUUGUGUGGCUGUGACUGUUGUGUCGGGGGUGGUGUCGAUGACUGUCUCCAAUUUUACAGUAUUUGCUGUGUUCCGGCUAAUCAACGGAUUUCUAUAUCCAACCAUCUACCAAGCAUCGUAUAUCGUGUUGGUUGAAAUCAUUGGUGUAGAAAAACGUACGAGAAUGCUGGCUAUGGGAUGCGUUUCGUGGACAUUGGGAAUAUGCAUUUUGCCACUUUUGGCCUUUCUUUGCACAAGCUGGAGAAUAUUAGGACUUGUAACUACUUUCUCCUGCAUUCCAUUCUUUCUCUACUGGAGAAUUUUGCCCGAGUCUCCUCGCUGGUUGGUAUCCGUUGGACGUUAUGACGAGGCAGUGGUCAUUCUAAAGAAAAUUGCUGAGACUAAUGGCAAUUCUGAGCCUAAUAACCUAAUCGCGAGACUUAAGGAAGUAGAAGAAACUAUGAAAGAAGAAGAAAAAGGACAAAGUAUAGCAGUCUUGUUAAAAUACCCAACACUGAGAAAACAUUUCUUGAUUAUUACGCUCGAGUGGAUCGCUGCUUCCAUAAGUUAUUAUGCUCUACAAAUUAACGCAACUAACCUCUAUGGAAACGAAUUCCUCAACUUCUUUCUGUUAGGACUUGUUGAACUACCAACAUACUUUAUCUGCUGGUAUCUCAUGGAGAAAGUAGGACGACGGCUGACAAACGUAACCCUAUUCAUGGUGGCUGGUGUAAGUAGUUUUGUUCCCGUGGCGUUUCCCCCAGGUGAGUGUUUUUUCCUUCUCACUUCAGUAACAAUUGUAGGAAAGAGGUCACACAAUAAUGUCGUAUUGUUUGUCUGUUUUGAAUUUCGCGCAAAGUUACACGAGAGCUAUCUGCGCUAGCCGUCCAUAAUUUAGUGUAAGACUAGAGGGAAGGCAGCUAGUCAUCACCACCC